UCGAGGUCUUUCUGUCAUUGUCAGUACGGCAUUCUGCCACAUGUAUAUUACAUCAGAUUGAUAAAAUUCACAUUUUCGUGCUAAAAUCUUCCUAAAAACGGCGAAAUUUAAUAGAUCAAGAUGGUGUUAUCGUGUAGAUUCUACAAGCAAAAGUACCCGGGGGUGGAGGACGUCGUUAUGGUGAAUGUUCGUUCCAUCGCCGAAAUGGGUGCCUACGUCUAUCUGUUGGAGUAUAACAACAUAGAAGGUAUGAUCCUGUUGUCAGAAUUGUCCCGCAGACGUAUCCGUUCGAUCAACAAGCUCAUCCGCGUUGGUAAAACCGAACCAGUGGUCGUAAUCCGUGUGGACCAAUUCAAGGGAUAUAUCGAUCUGUCCAAGCGACGAGUCUCGCCGGAAGAUGUGGAAAAAUGUACGGAGCGAUUUGCCAAGGCUAAGGCAGUGAAUUCGAUUCUCCGGCAUGUGGCUGACAUGAUGAAGUUCACUAACGAACAGUUGGAGGAACUGUAUGAAAAAACCGCCUGGCACUUUGAGGAGAAGCUCAAGAGUAAGGCCGCUGCAUAUGAUGUGUUCAAACAGUGUGUCAUUGAGCCAUCUAUGCUGGACGAAUGCGGCCUUGAACCGGAGGUGAAAGAACUGCUGUUGAGCAACAUCAAGCGCAAGCUUACCUCGCAGGCGGUUAAAAUCCGAGCAGACAUUGAAUGUGCUUGCUAUGGUUACGAGGGUAUCGAUGCAGUCAAGACUGCACUCCGGGCUGGCCUGGAACUCUCGACUGAGGAACUUCCGAUCAAGAUUAAUUUGAUUGCUCCUCCUUUAUAUGUCAUGACAACCUCAACACCGGAGAAAGCCGACGGACUGAAAGCCCUGGAGGUGGCCAUUGAAAAGGUCAAGGAAACGAUCGAGAAUCUCGGCGGUGUAUUCAAGGUACAGAUGGCACCGAAGGUGGUCACCGCUACGGACGAGGCGGAUCUGGCGCGAAAGAUGGAACGGGCCGAAGCCGAAAAUGCCGAAGUGGCUGGAGACUCGGAUGAAGAUGAAGACGAGGAGGGAAUUACAUACAAUCCGGAGGGUGAGGAAGGCGAAGACGGAGAUGAUAAGGAAGUUGAAAGCGCUGAUGAGGUGGAAGAGAAGAAGGCAGAUUGAGCAAAGGGGAAAAAAUCAUCCAGAACGACUACCAGACAACAGUUGCAAAAGGGAGUAUUACAUUCGCGCGGGAGAUAGGAAGUGUGUUCACACUAUUCAGUCGUUUAAAUUAUCGGAACAUCCUAUUAUACACAUACACAAUCCAAUAAUUUUCGUUCUUUCCAAGAUUUGUCGUUUUGUAUUUCCUUUAAAGGGAAAACAUUGUGUAAUUUUUGUUUUAUCCAAGCCUCUAAAUAAUAAUUGCAAAUAGACUAGGCGGAAUAUGAUAAAAGUAUACAUAACACUCAUAA